GCUCUUGGCUUCUACCCAGCGCCAGCGGUUAGUGGGCGUUUCAUCGCUACGUGUGACCCUUGAUCGGCGCUAAACGAACCCAGAAGCAUCAUGCUGCUCCUACUAGACGACGAUCACAAGCAGCACCUCCAGUUUAUCACCACCGUCGACGAGCCGGUGGCCAAGGAGUUCUGCAAGAUCGCCAACGAAUUUCUCAUUCGCGGUGUGAACACCAAAGUGUACCACUCCGCCGCGCAGAAGCUCCAAGUCGACCACGAAGUCGUUCAAGGCGCCGUCGAGGGCCUUUCCCACCUCCUCAGCCAGGCCGCCAAGCUAAAACUCACCGAACAGCACUUCCGGGAAUCGCUGUUGCUGCUCAGCUUUCCAGAGUCUGUGUGCGAAGAAUUGGUCAGGUAUCACGCCGAAAACGAGAAGAACGUGCGCAAGCUGCUGUCCGAAAAGUCCAUUCCUCGCUGGAGCUUCUCGCAUCUCCAGUGGAGGCUGGAGGCGGAGAUCGCCACUCGCUGUCUCAAAUCUCACGUCACACCUCUCGUCACAUUCAAGUUUCAUCUCAAGCAAGGCGAUGGCAGCGAAACCAAAGAAGUAGUGCUACAGACGGACCCGCUGAACUUGUUGCACAUCACCGAGUCCCUGGAGGAAGCGCUACAGAGUGCGAAGUCGCUUCACAUGCGAAGAAUAGCGAAGCAUGUUAAGUGAUAACACCGUGCGAUGAACGCUCGUGAUGUCCGGUUACUUACCUGUGUUGUGCCGUGGCGUUCCUCGCGCAUAAAAAACAAUAAUGCAAUUCUUUUAAAACCCCUAUUUUGCUGCGACACUCUGGCGCCGACGGGAAGAUUACUCACCGCUUUGCGCUAUAAGUGCGCCAUAAAGGCAUUCCUUGACC